AUCAUGUUGUCAACACGGUGGAGCAGCCAGGACUGAUUCGGCCUUGUCUACUUGAUUCCGAUGAACAUCGAACGGGUGUGUGGCACUAAUUAACUAUUGAGCCAGGAGCCAUCGUAAAUAUUUGAAUUGACUACAUGUACCAUUAUCAAGGAUUAUGUGACACCCGGGAAGAGUACUGUAAGAGUAUUGUAAACGUGUCACAAACUCCUCCAUGCUGUUGACGCAGAUCCAGCGUCAGCCGCUAUCAGUCGCAACGUUGGCGGAUAAUCCCCAUUCGCUGGAUGGAACGCGAGCGCCCAACAUCGACUGAUGUGUUCAAGGAUCUCCUUGCCACUUUGCGGACUAUUACUCAAUUGAGGCGAAGUUCCGUGUUGCCCUAGGCCAAAAUGACGGUGAAUCGAGAAAAACGCCAUCUGAUCCUGGGAUGGGGUUUAAUGGAGUGCCUAUUUUUCAGCGGAAUAGUUUUCGGUUGGCCUGGAUUCUUACAACACAUUCUUCUUCACAACGAAUUCUUCUUAAAACUAUGCGAAAAUGGAACUAUCAGUGAAAACGGAAGUACGGUUGUAAACGUGUACGGCGUGUUUAACGUACUGCCGAGGAAAGUAUCCGAAUUCGAUCUGGAAAAAAGUGAUCAAAACUUCGGUUCUGCUAAUAUUGUAUACACACCGAACAAUGAUAACUCUGUAAGGAACCUUACUAUCGAUUCGAAUGAAGGCACAAGUGGGGAAAGGUUGUCCUUUUAUAAUGGACCCCGCUCGCAGCGAUUACGGCGAGAGGCGGAAAUGGAAACGUAUUACUAUGACGAGGAGGACUUGUCUAUGUUCAGAAAGAUCUGGUCUAAUUUCACGUGUCCCCGCCAGGAAGCGGAGCUCCAGCGGGUGUACGUGGUGUCACUAUUCGUUGCAAACUUCUUAUGCAUUUUUGGAGGAAUGAUGUUCGACUUCCUGGGAACGUUGAAAACUAGGAUGCUUAUCAUUGCACUCCACACGGCUGCAACCGUGUUGAUGGCUUUCAAUGGGCCUGAUAUGUCUUGGUUGCUUUACCCCGGGUUAGGCUUGACAUCUUUUGGCGGCCUUCUCAUCUUCCUGACCAAUGUCCAGAUUUCGAACUUGUAUGGCAGCUUGAGAUACAUGGUGGUCGGGCUGUUCGUUGGUGCCUUUGAUUCCAGUAGGAUAGUCAUGUUCUUCAUCGCGAUUAACAGCCAUGAGAUAAUGAACGUCCAAAUGUCCUUUAUGUUCAUCACGGUCAGCAUCAUCCCAUUCCUCAUAGGAACGAUUGCCUUACUACCAAAGGGUCGGAUCCCGUGGCCACUGCCCGAGGACUACGGUCGAAGAAGGGCGUCCGCUACCAAUGGAUACCUUAUGCGAGCAAACAGAGGUUCUCAGAAGCGACAGAAGCGUCAGUACAAAGCUAAGUUCUCCGAGAUCAUACGGACGCCACUUUAUAUCAGCCAAGUAAUAUGGUUCUCCGUUCUUUACCUUCGAAGUAGUUUUUUCGCCAGUAGCAUAAAACUACAGUUAGCAUUCGUUUUCAAGCAAGAGAUGACGAUAGUUGAAAGUUAUCUGCAAGUUUUCAACAUCAUUCAGUGCUUUGGUAUUCUCAUCGGUCCAUUUGUGGGUGUCGUAGUAGACCGACAGACUAAGGCUUUCACCGGUCUUGCAAGAACGCAACAAGCUCUUUGUAACCUUUCUCUCGUCCAUGUCAUUGUUAUUCUGCUCUCCAUAGCACAAUGCAUCAUCUCUAUGAUCCCGGCAACCAAACUCUUUUACACAACAUUCGUUCUCGAGGUCCUCUGCAGGGCAGCCCUCAUGACCGUGCACACCAUCUUGUUACUUGUGGCAUUCCCCAUGGAAUAUUUUGGUAAACUAUUCGGACUAUGCCAAUUCAUCACGAUGUUUUUCCAACUCAGUCAGUCCAUAUUCGCCAUCAUCAUCCGCGACCACUUAGCUGGGGAUGCAUUUUAUAUCCACGCCUUGCUGUUAACGCUUACUUGCCUGGUUUCCAUACACCCAUAUUUCAUCAUCGGGUACAAAAAGGUCAAGGCAGCGGAAGGCGUCUCAGUCACUUCGGCGACGUCAUUUGAAGGUGCAGAAGAUCAUCAGUUGUGCGAGACUACCGCAGAUGACCCUCAGAUGGAAGUCAGGGUCAGAAUCCUAGAGGAUCCACUCGAAAGAAAACGAGUCCAGAUGAUCGUGUAAAUGUUGGCGCAUCACAAUCAUGACAAAAGUGGAAGUCACAUCUCCAAAUCCAGAGCGUUUAAGGACUACACGAGUCAUACUUCAUAAUGAAACAGUGUUGAUUGACCUGAUGGACAAAUGCUUCAAGAAUCCAGACAUAACCAUGGAUGAGUAUGACCGACCUAUAUGCAUCCGUCCGUCCGAGUUUUCCUUCUUCAAUAGACGGUCCACUGGAAUCGAACUGACAUUGCAUUGCUGGACACAUGUCAUCUCUGAAUAAGGACAUGUGUAGUUCGAUCAACCCUUGCGCUUUGGAACACUGUCACUUUGCUUCAGCUAUAAGAACAUAUGAUAUACAUGCAUAUGUGAUGUGGUUUCGCUCGUGUUCACGGAUGUUGAUUAGCAGCGUUCUCGGAAAGCAGCGCUGUUUGGAACACAAGACAACGGGGCGUCACGCAGCAAGCGAGACUUCCAACUGGGUUAGCGUCCACGGGGCAACCAAGACUACAAAAGUCGUUCAGGUCCGAAUAUAUUUCCCACAUAUACCUUUACUGUCACAGAUCUUUCGUGGACAGGUUCUCAAUUUCUAUCAUUUUCUAUCACAUUAGGUACCAAGUCAACUAAGGAUAGUGCCCUUUGAGGAGAGAUCGCCUUGUGGACGACCGAGGAAGGGUACGUGAUCGGUGAGUGUAAUGCAGGAUAUGGUGACACGAGGAUGUUGAACGGUAUUGUGGACACAAGACACGAAUUCAAUCUGAAAUUCGUAACUGAGUUAAAUAUCGCAUCUACCAAUGAUAUACCAGCUGCAUGUAAUAUAUAAAGGGGGUGUCAUCAUAAUGUCAAGCCUAGGAUAUUUAACUUUUAUGCGAUUUCCAUAUAUUUAGGAGGAAUCUGAGGCAUUGACAACUGCUUGUCUGAGCUGUUAUGUACGAGAAUGACUUUGGACGGGCACGAUACGUCUUAUCCCAUCCAGCGUAACAUACUAAGAUGUUCAUUUCUUUUAAGAAACGUUGGAUAACUUAACUUAAUGUUUGCAUUCAGGAUAUUUUUUAUGUCAGGUUGACUUGCCAGCUGUCACUCAUGACAAAUAAACCCAGGACUCUUAAUUCCCUAAAGGUCAUCACUGGUGUCGCCUCCUAUCGCCACACUUUAUUGAAAAAAGCGUGAUGCAUGCAGGUCAAUUGUAACCUGAGACCCAAUUUCGGUCCGAUCCGAUUCUUGACUCGGUCACUAGGGGGCUAUAGCAGAAAACACAGAACGAUCAAUAGGUCCUGUAUCAUUGGUUGGGUCAAACGAUGUGUGCAUGAUACAGUACCAGUUGGCAAUUUACAAAGCUCCACUUGCACUGUAUUGAGGCCUUUGAAUCAAUAACACGAUCGGCAGAAUUUGGAACAAUACUUACAGAUUUAAGGACCGGUGAGCACAGGUGGCCGCGCUUUUUUACCAGUAUUCUAAUAGGUACACUGUUUCAGUUGGAUCUUCCGAUAGCUAUGAUUUGCUAGUCAUUUGUAUCGUAUACGCACAUUAAACAUGGUGUUGUUGCCUUAUAAUUAUUUUUUGUAUAUCCGGUUAUUGUUUGUUUUUAUCAAAAUUAUAACGUGUGAUUAGAGUAAUAAAGAACUCUCAUAAAGAUCCUUCAA